UAAUUGCAGAAAAUGCAAGGCUUUAAGAAAUGGAGGUGUAAACGAAUAAACUUUGACAAAAUUCUUGACAGAAUGUUAUUAUGAUGUCUAUCCUUAGAUUCCCUGGUAGCAAAUUAAAAUAAAACCAAAAAUCCUGAAAAAUAUUCAUGGGUUACACUUUUCUUAUAGAUUGCCUUUGGAAGUUGUCUUGCAAUUUUGAUUUUACAAAACAGGGCGUGUGCUGUUACACAAUUUUUUUUUUUGGCGAAUUGUUACAUAAAUUUGUUAUAUUGUGUGUAUGACUUGAAUAGCUCUAUGGUGCGGAUAUCCAUAAUUUUUUUAACUUAUGGAUUCAGGACUCUUUUUUUUUUUUUUUUUUGGUUUUUUUUUCUCAUAAUCCUCAUCAUAGAACUGUUAAUGACUUGAAUACUUUGAAAAAGCCCACAUGCUAUCGAAGUGCAAAUAGGUAGGGUAAUGUAGGAAGCAGAGACCAAAAGUCACCGAGAAAAGCUUUUUUCUUUGAUGAUGAUCAGGAUGAUGGAAUUUCAUUGACCAAAAACAGAGGAAAAAGGCAAUCUUUACUGAAAUUAUAAACUACAGCAAAUGGUCAGACCCGGCUGCUAAAUGUAUACUGGGUUUUAGCUUAUUUGUUCUCUUAUAGUAUUCUUUUUUACAAGUUCCCCGAUCUAAAGCUAGUGUAUAAUCAUCUAUUGGCUCCUUUGUUCAAUCUGUUUGGUUUUACUAAGCUUUCAAUCAUAUACUUCACUCUCACAUUGAUCAGUCAAUAACUUUGUCCGCCACUAUAAUUUUUGACGGUGGGUCAUUCGAGCUACCAAACAACCAUAUUUUCUUCAUCAUAACAUUUUCUAGAGCUUUUGGUACUUUGAUGUUUCCAUUGUUGCUUGGUUAAUUUUCUUUUCUAGUAAUUAUUAGAUUUUUGAUUGCGGUAAAUAUUCUUUGGCAAAAGUUUGAAUCUCAUUUUUAAUUUUACUUACACGUGCUCUUUUUAUCUGAAUGGUUUUUGAUCUUGAGUUUGGAGAUUUUGAGUUUCAUGUCAACUUUCAUAAGGUUUUACUUUUACCCAUCAUAAUUAUCUUUGCUGCUAAUUUUCGGAAGACAAAACUCAACAUCAAAAAGUUUUUUUCUCGCUCUUUUGCAGUUUUUUUUAGAGAAGCAAGAACAUGGAGGAGGAUAAGAGUGCUAUCAAGAAGGAUGUUACUUAAUUGAUUGGCAAUGCACCAAUGGCAUAUCUCAACAAUGUUGUGGAUGAUUGUGUAGCCCAAAUUGCCGCCAAGCUGGAGUUGAUGGAACCGUGCUCCAGUGUUAAAGACAGGUGUUUUGGUACGCUGGAUCGCUUACAGUAUGAUUCAAGAUGCGGAGAAUAAAGGUCUAAUCAUACCAGGAAAGACUGUCCUAUUGAGCCUACUAGUGGAAACACUGGAAUUGGGUUGGCAUUCAUUGCAGCAAUCAAGGGAUACAAACUUAUACUAACCAUGCCAGCUUCAAUGAGUCUCGAAAGAAGAAUUGUGCUCCGAGCUUUUGGAGCUGAGGUGUACCUUACAGAUCCUGCCAAGGCCUUUAAAGGUGGUCUUGAGAAGGCUGAAGAGCUUCUAAAUAAUAUACCUAACAGUUAUAUGCUUCAGCAGUUUGAAAAUCCUGCCAAUCCAAGAUUCAUUAUGAAACCACUGGCCCGGAAAUAUGGAGACUCAGGAGGGAAAGUUGAUGCCCUGCUUGCAGGGAUAGGGACAGGAGGGACAGCAACUGGUGCAGGGAAAUUCCUUAAGGAGCUAAACCCAAAUAUCAAGAUAUCAAGUGAGGAAGCUAUUGAAACCGCUAAGCUGCUUGCCUUAAAAGAAGGUCUUCUGGUGGGGAUUUCAUCUGGGGCUGCAGCUGCCACUGCAAUUAAGUUAGCGAAAAGGCCGGAAAAUGCAGUAAAACUCAUCGUUGCUGUCUUCCCCAGUGCUGGCGAACGUUACCUAUCUUCUCCACUCUUUGAUUCCAUCAGGCACGAAGCAGAAAACAUGACUUUUGAUUGAAGUUUUUGGUCGCGUCCUUUCAAAAUCAAUCUAUCUGGUUCAUGCAAUAGAAAUUGUUACAACUUCACUUCUUAUAAUUUGUGUGGCACUAGUUCUCUCUGCUGGAUGACUAAAAUGCUGUGUAUGACUAUAUGUGUAUAGCCAUAAAUUAGCAUGAAAGACCUAUCUUUCUUUUGCUA